AUGGAACUCCCACCUACGCCGAUCUUCCUCAUGGCUGCUCGAUUCAAUUCCAGUGAAUUCACCGAGUCUCUUACGGAGCUAGAGAACUUACUUAACCAGGCUAGGUCCAAGCAAGCUGGUAUCCUGGACAGCAGAGUCAGGAGCUCUGGGAAGAGAGUUCAAACAUGUACUUAUGAGAAGCUUACGGUCCGCCGUGAAUGGGGAUCCUUGAGCAAAAAAGAGCGCAAGGCCUACACGGAUGCCGUCCUAUGCCUGCAAAAACUACCAGCGAAGACACCUGCUAGCUUAGUGCCCGGAGCUAGAUCGCGGUACGAUGACUUCGUAGCUGCCCACCUUAAUCAGACGUUAAAAAUCCACUAUACCGGGACUUUCCUUGCCUGGCACCGGUGGUUCACCUAUACCUACGAACAAACUUUGAGGAAUGAAUGCGGUUAUACGGGCUACCAACCGUAUUGGAACUGGGGAUUAUACGCCGAGGACCCAACCUCUUCACCAAUAUUUGAUGGCACACCAUAUAGCAUGUCCGGCAAUGGCGCAUAUAUCCCCAAUAAAGGUCCACUAGUCAUAACGGUUAGUGGUGAUCCGCCGAUUUACUUACCACCUGGCAACGGGGGCGGGUGCGUUACAUCUGGCCCCUUUAAAGACAUGGUAGUAAGCCUAGGACCCGUGAACCUUCCAAUUAAUAACGGAUCUACCGUCACGGGAAGUGGAUUAGACUACAAUCCUCGGUGUCUCAGAAGGGACAUAUCUGUCGGUAUCAACUCUGCCUACGCGAAUGCUACAUCGAUUGUCAAUCUUAUUCAGCAGAACAACAAUAUCGCCGACUUCCAGCAGGUUAUGCAGGGUGUUCCUGGUUCGGGAUCUAUUGGGGUUCAUGGUGGCGGUCACUACACCAUAGGUGGCAACCCAGGCGCCGAUGUUUACGUUUCACCUGGUGAUCCCGCUUUCUAUCUUCACCAUGGCAUGAUCGACCUGGUUUGGUGGGCGUGGCAAAGCCUCGAUUAUAAGAACCGCCGCAAUGCCAUCUCAGGCACGGGAACUUUCUUGAAUAGUCCUCCAUCACCCAAUACGACUCUGGAUGACAUCGUAGAUCUCGGCUACGCCGAUCUCGCGUGGUGGCGGUACUGGGCUCGAUCGCAGGCCUAUCAAUCUGUAAAUAGAGAUCGCUACAAUUCAUGUGAUGCUAGAUACCUUGUCGAAUAUGAGAAAGGGUCCAACCUUGUUGAUAUGACCCACAAUUAA